ACCUCGUUGUGCGCGCAACUUCGCCCGGGGGGUCUGGAGCUCGCACCUAGUCCACACCUUCGCCCCUUUGGAGAAAGGAUCCGAAGAAAUCCAUGGCGCGGCAGCCCGUGUAGGACUUUGUGUCGCGCAGAGAGUGAUGCACCUCGCGGUUUGCACGUAGUUUUCAGUGACAGAAUCGUCUCGAGGAGCAGUCGGAGCUGCGCUGUCGUCCACCCCCCCCCACCGCCCCCCCUCUCCGCGCGCGUGAGUUAUUUUGUUGAGGUGCGAUGGGGUGCUGCAGCGGACGAUGCACGCUCAUAUUUAUCUGCACUUUCCAGUUGAUGGUGGCUCUCGAGAGGCAGGUGUUUGACUUCCUGGGUUACCAGUGGGCUCCUAUCUUGGCCAACUUCUUCCACAUCAUCGUGGUCAUCCUAGGCCUUUUCGGGACCAUCCAGUACCGGCCGCGCUACAUCGUGGUGUACGCGGUGUGGACAGCGCUGUGGGUGGCCUGGAACGUCUUCCUCAUCUGCUUCUACCUGGAGGUGGGAGGCCUUACCAAGGAUGGCGACCUCCUGACCUUCAACAUCUCCGCGCACCACUCGUGGUGGAGUGAGCAUGGCCCGGGCUGCGUGCGGCGCGAGGUGCCCCCUAGUGGCGGCCGCACCGCCGACACACACUCCUACGUGUCAGUCGCGGGCUGUCUGCUGGAGUACCAGUACAUCGAAGUGCUGCACAGCGGCAUUCAGAUCCUCCUCUCGCUGCUGGGCUUCGUCUACGCCUGCUACGUUGUGAGUGCCAUCACAGAGGAAGAAGACAGCUUUCAUUUUAUUGGUGGAUUCGAUCCAUUUCCAAUCUACCAUGUCAAUGAGAAACCUUCCCAUCUUCUCUUAAAGCCCAUGUACCAGCCUGCGUAAGUGAAGGUGUGCUGUGCAGAGGAACAGAGCGCUACUCCCCGGUGCAAGUGUCUGCUCUGCUGUCUCCAGCUCUGUCCCUGUCCCCCUGAUCCCUGUCUCCAGCUCUGUCCCUGUCCCCCUGAUCCC